CGAACACUCGCAGCGUCGUCAAUUCUCCUCGUCUGUUCUGGCGAUUUCACAACAGCACCCUCAGGCUUGGUUCCCCCUACCCUUUGCGAGAGGGAUUUAUUCCUCCUCCUUGCCCUCGAAAGAGGGGAGUAUUGCAGCCAUGUCACCUCUCCUGGAUUGGCUAGUCGAACAUGAACCUUCGUUUCGCAAAACACGGCUCCCCUCCUUGUACUCCGAUCUCAACCUCCAGCGAACCUCCAACCCCGAAGGCUACACCGCCAAUGUCACCGCGUGGUCGUCUGCCCUCACCCACGCCGCACUCGCCGGAGAAAUCCCCCAUGGACAACAUCACCUGAUUUUGCAGACGAGUGAUGAAUUGCUCAAUGCGCUGGCUAGUCCUACGUAUGGGAGGCCUAGUGGGCUCGGGAGUGUUGUGGACGAGUGCGUACGGCAGGGGAAGAUGGUCGAUCUACAAGACUUUAUAAGCUCGGAGAGGAGCAUAUACUCCAGAGGCUGGAUACCGAGUCCGUGGGCGGUUCUCCGUUGGAGCCUACAAAAGGCUGGAGUGUCGUGGAGCAGCGGGAGCUAUGAUCUGAGCGGUGGCAGGUUAAAGUCGGGAAACCUCGCGCUGGUUCCAGCGUUGGAAGAGGUCUGGAAGAGACUAUCCGCUGCGAGGGAAAGGGACAGAAAGACACAGACUCUGACUGACAGAGUCAUGACGCGAGACACAUUCCUAAGAGACGUUAACAGCGUCCUUGGCCAGGCCGGCGAGUUGACAGGAUCGCUGUCGAGUCAAGACCUGGAAGUUCUGCUACGCUACCUCUCCCGCGACAAACAAGUCCUAUCCUACGAUACCAGCACCGUGAAAUUCAACGUGCCGUCCUCUACAGCCAUACCCGAGCCGAUAACCCACGAAGACCGCUCGAUCGCCUCCCUAAAAUCCCUCCUUGACGACCUGCACCAAAAAACCACGACUCUGUCCACGCGCAUCAAGACGCUGCAAGACAAGGCCGCGGCCGCGGUGAAAUCCGGCAACAAAGCCAGCGCCCUCUCGGCGCUUCGCUCGAAGAAACUCGCCGAACGGACGCUCCAACACCGACUCGACACCCUCCAUCAGCUGGAGGAAAUCUACACCAAGAUCGAGUCCGCGGUGGACCAGGUCGAAAUCCUCGCCGUAAUGGAAUCCUCUGCAUCCGCGCUCAAGACGCUCAACCAGCGGAUCGGCGGCGUCGAGCGCGUCGAGGACGUCCUGGAGAGCCUGCGGGAGGAAGUGAGCAAAGUCGACGAGGUCUCUGGUGUACUGGCGGAGCCGGUCGAUCAGAAGGCGGUCCUCGACGAGGACGAAGUGGACGAGGAGUUCGAGGCGAUGGAGCGAGAAGAGCGCGAGAAGGCGAGGAAGGCCGAGGAGGAGAAGACCAGGCAGAAACUCCAGGAGCUGGACGCCCUCGAGCACCUGCGCAGGGAGAGGGAGAGAGAAGGCGAAAUGGAGAAGCCGCGAGAAGAUCAGAGGAUGAAGCAAGAAGACCAGGCGGAAGACAACGAGUUGGAACAGGCCCUGUCGACGAGCAUCGAGAAGAUGCAGAGACUGGGCAUUGGUGGGCAAACAGGGGAAGACGCGCAAAGACAUCAGCAACCAGAAAGACAGGGACAGGCCGAGCAAAUCGCCCAAGAAGCAUCAUAGUUCGACUCCGGAGGAAUGCUGUACCUCGUCAAAGAUACUGGGUUCAGAGAUAUUGGAGCCAAAGGGACCUUCCUCAAGGAAGCCUAAAAACGCAUUCCCUCCAUUCAUCAAUAUUCAUCGCCAGAGCACUUAUCCAUGUCAUCAAAUCCCCAGUUAAGUGCCAUUGCUGAAAGCAUACAGGCUUCAAGUCUAUCUAAGAUCUGACUAUUUUUACAAGACUGAUGAGUGGCACUCGCGUAUAUAAGCCCAUCUUCGAGCAUGCCCUUCACACAAAGUACCUCCC